CACAGGUUGGUAGCGUCAAUAAGUUCAGAUCAGAUUUUGUUAUUCACAAAGCAGGAGCUAAAUACAGAGAUUAGUCGAGAGAAAUCUACAGGACGCGUAGUCACUCAAGAAUUUCAGACGCACCCAAGCAAUGUUCGUACAAAUGCUGGUGAAUCAGCCACUUUCUUUUGUCAGUGUCGUCAUCUCAAUGAGGGUCAAACAUUAGGAUGGAUGCGUGAUCAAGAACGAAUCUCAAAUGGCAACAGAUUAAUAGUAGACUUGGAACGUUUCUCAUUCCGUCUCGAUUCUUAUGGAUAUAUACUUGCUAUAAAUAAAACAAAACCCUCUGAUACAAAUAAGUAUGCAUGUGCAGUGUUCUCAGGUGACAACGAUCACCCGGUUUUAAAAUCGCAAUACGGACAACUUAAAGUGUGGCAAAAACCGAGCCCUAAUUACCCAACUUGUAAUUCUUCAUCCAAAGGCUCUCACUAUAUAGAAGGUUCUCAAGUAACCUUAAUCUGCACAGCAGAAUAUUUAACGCCGCCGGCCCAACUUCAAUGGUUUUAUAACGAUGAACCUAUCAAUUUUGAAACAACAAUUUCAAACGAUAUAAGUCACGUUCAUUUACAAUUUUCGUUUGAUGCAUCAAAAGAAUAUUAUAAUGCAGAAUUUAAAUGUAUGCUUACGACAGAAUACGACUCAAGCAUCCGACAGAGUUGUACUACGGCGCCAUUACAAAUCGAUUCCCGACCAACGGUGAAUAUUGAGCCAGUGUUUGCAACAGCAGGAUUAGAAGUGUCAAUAUUGUGCAAUGCAACAGGAACUCCGGAGCCCUUUAUUCACACAUGGAAAUUCAUUCCAGAUAUUGAACAGGAAGAAUACGAACAGGACCAUUAUGGGCGCAACCUUCGUCUCAUUAGUCCACGCACUCGAAUGAAUGGCACAAUAAUUGAGUGCAUUGCAUAUAACACCGCAGGGUAUGGUAAAGAUCAAACUCUUCUCAUUGUUCAAGGUAUAGAUCCGCCGGAAGAGGACGAUGAUCCAAUUCUUGAGCAACCUCCAUUUCAAACUGAUCAGAAAUUUACAUCCCUUGAAACGAACACUGUUGCAAUCAUCUUUUUAAUCGUAGGAAUAUUUUCAGUCAUUAUUGUUUUCUUCGCUGUGAUACCAGUUUGUUUCAGGCCUGCAUGUCGUGAAGUCGUGGAUGCAAACGGACGCAAAAUACCUCAACCAGACGUGUAUUUUGAACCGAAGGACAGAGUUUUACCGCCUGUACCGAGUGAGGAGCAGUACGCUUCAUGGCGGAGGUCAGUUGCAGUACAAGUGUCAGACACUGGGGGAGAUUUAGAUUCCACAUAUGCAGAAGUUUUGGAGGAGAUUGAAGACAAGGAAUUGUCAAUAAUAUAUUCCCGUAAAUCUAUUUAUAUUUGAAUUUAAAUGAUGAUGUGAUUGUUUUGUUGUGUCAGGCUACACCAAAGAACAUUCGCAAACAGUUGUCGGUGAUGAUGAAAUAAGAACAGCAGGUAGAAGACAUGGCCAAUGCAUCAAUACCACUGUAAAUACUGUAUAAUAAAUAUAAUACUAUUCAUAGGUUUAACAAAAAUUAAUUUCUAUUAUACGAUUGUUGAUUUAAACACUGUUCUAGGAAAAUAUAUAUAAGAUAAUAUUGCUUCUUAUUGGGAAUUUACUUUUUUAAACUUGCUGUAUAUUAAGGCAAUUAAGGAUCAAUGCCAUUGCAUAGUUUCAACUUCACAUUCCUAAUUUGAAGGACAAUGAAUCAAUCAUAAUACAAUGCAUACUAUUAUUUGUAUUUUAAAAAUAGACAUAGUAUCAGGACUCGAUUUAGUGCUACUUCAUCGAUUUUUUUCUCUAAUAUUAGAUCAACAAAACAGAAAAUCUCAAGAUAAUUUAAACUGUCUGUGUUUUAAGCUAAUAAAAACUUGUCAUAUGUUUUUUAGUUGAUAUAAACUUACUGUAAAUGAUCUAAUAAAUGCCUCUCUUAAAUAUGCGCCACUUUCAAAUAAGUACCGCACCAAACAAAUUUGUUCUCAACUAUCAAAUAAGCACUGCAGUGAAUUAAUAGAAAUAUAUUAUACUUUGAAUUAAGAGUACAUAUUACAUUAUGUGUAUCACAAAAUUAAUAAUAAAAGUUUCAAAUCAUGGAGUAUACAGUAGUUCCAUGGUAUAACAUAGGGCUCGAUUUAGUACUAGUCCAUCGUACAAUGUCUAGUAAAACUCCUCUGGCCUAGUAAACCUACCUUAUUACUAGCCCGGUGGGCCAGUAUUCAGAUAUAAACUAUUGCUUUAAGUAUGCUUGACCAAGAACAUAACGUUACUGAUGUAAUUGUAGCCAAUAUUUGAGCUAGUAAAAUAGCCAAUGGGCAAGUGAAAUCUACAGUAAAACUAGCCCUGUGGCCUUGCCACCAAAAAGUUAAAUUUGUUUAACACAUGGUACCAUAUACUUUGUACUAAAUGCCAAUCUGAAAUAUUUCGCACACUUCUCAGUACUGCACUGAAGCCACCAAAAAUAUUAUAAGUGCUGCAGUGUUUAGGCUAUUUAUGCUUAUCCUUUAAAUGAGCAUUUCAAUUUUUAAUUUAAAUUCUAAAGGUUUCUUGGCUUUUAAAACACAGACAGUAUUCUAUCUUCAAUUGCCGGCUAUGCUGGUACAUGCUGUAGUAGGUGUAGAUUUAUGACACAUAAUUCAAAUGUAUGUUGACUUUGAAAGACACAUACUUGAAUAGGAAGUGUAUAUUGUCCCAUCAAGGGAAUAAGGAUAUAAAAUUCUGAAAAAUCAAAUGGAACUGGCAAGUAUCUAGAAUUUUAUAUUACAGUAUCCCAGGACUAUGAUUCUAUAAUAUAAGUAAUGAAAUAUCCAGAUUCCAAUCAAGUUUGGUUAACAUUUUGAUGCCGUCAGCAAUCACAUGAAAUACAACACUCAUAUUUUUACAUCAUUUUUUAGAUUCUGGAUAUAAACCAGUUCAAUUUUCAGUUUCACUAUCACAAUCUGGAGAUUUUUUUAAAGGUCAAAUAUAUAUUUAAAAAAUCACAAUUCUCGUAUAAACUUUCUUAAAAAAAACCCAAUUUAUUUUUGUACAAAAAUGACUACCAAGUUUAAUUCAUACAACCAAGUUUAAUGUGACAAAUACUGUACCUUAUUUACCCAUUAUGGUUGAAAUAUGACAUCAUCUUACCCACAUUUUGAUAUGAUAUGACAUCAUCAUCAUCAUCAUGCCCAUAUACAGGUUGUUAAUAGCUAUGUGGGGACCAUUUGCUCUUAACCACUUAAUAUUUAAGAUAUUUUUUUUCUCAAGAUACUCACUGGACAAUGGUCAUUUCUUACUUUCAAUGAUGAACUAUUAGAACCCACCGAUUUGUUUUGUUCUAAAAUCGAUUGAUACAUCAAAAUCAAUGGGAUGUUAUCUAGUUAAUACAUUUAGUGUAAUAUUAAAACCUCUUAACAAUUUCAGUAAAUAUCGAUGCUAACAAGAAUCAAUUGUUUUUUUAAAUAAUAUUUUUAAGAUUGUGAAUGAAGUAAGAUAUCUCUUAUGUGCUAAUACUAGGCAUAUUCAUAUCAAGAUUUAAAAAUGGAGUGAUCUGUACAUUGUAAUAUCAUAUUACUGAGAAUGUUUACACUUUUAACCAGCAUAUGAAUGAGCAUGGUCUCAUCAAUUAUUAAGAGAAUGACAGCCAGGAUUUGUUUUUUUACAUUUCCAAUUGUUUUGAUUGGUUUUUCUAGUGUUGUUGUUUUUUGGUACAUAAUGCACUGCAGUUGAGGCAGAGUUUUCAAAAUCACAACAUAAACAUUAGGCAGUGCUAUAAACACAAUAUUUACUCUGCAUACCUGUAAUUAAGCCCAGAACUGUUGUUAAGAUCUAUCUACACUAUUACAUUUUGGCUAUGUUCUCACAGGGCUGCUAACGGUUAGCAGGUUCCGAUUCCUGCUAACCGUUAGCUGCCGUGCGUCCAUCCGAGAAAAUCCUGAUCCGGAUACCAACAAUAUGAUGAUCGAAUCAAUGGCCAAUAACAAACUAGAAAUUGUAAAUACAUACGUGUACACACGCUCAACUUGCUAACCGAUAGCGCUUGCUAACCGUUAGCGGUAUCCGGAUACCGCUAACGGUUAGCGAUAACCGAUCCGGCAUUCUCACGCAGGUUCUAAAGGUUAGCGCUCACAGUUAGCUCCCGAUCUGGAUACUAGGGCUCUCUUGAGAACCAGGCUACUAUGUGACAAAUGUGUGUGAUAUGCCCACAUUUGGACAUGACGAUGAUGUCAUAUUACACCCAAAUAUGGGCAUAUCAUUUGUGUGUUAGUGUGGACAGAGCUGUAAAUUGUCUUCACAGGAUGUAAUAUCAACCAAUGAAAAUUUAGGAAAGUAGCUAAUUUAAAUAUGGAUUUUUACAUCAUAGGCCUACAUUGCUAUUUUGGAAACUCCAUAUUAAACACUAAACAGAAUUGUCAGUUUGACAGUUGUACAGACUAACAUUAAACAAAGUGAUACUAAAUGUCUUAAAUCAGAUUGAUUAUGAAGAACAUCCAGGAUAUGAAGUAUACCAGCAGAAAGCUAUAAUAUAAACAAACAGGAUAUAUAUAGUAUUAAGAAGGAUAAAUUUACCUUAAGUGACGAACGUGCAGUAAUUAACAAAAGUAAAAACAGGUUAAAGUAGCAGUUCCGAAAAACACUACACAAUAAUCAACAUCUAUACAGCCAUCAGAGAAUUGACGACAGGAUAUUUACAUUAUUAAUGCGGUAGGAACAGUAGGUGAAUAAACAACCAAAUCCAUUAUUAAUAAUGAAAAACAUGUGGGACUUAAGCUAUGUCAAAACUAUCAUGUUUUUAUAUGAGAUAUACCUGUGUUUAGCCCAUAUAUGGGUGUGAUAUGGCAUCAUCACAGCCAUAUAUAGGCAUCACAGAUAUAUAUGUCAUACAAGAAAAUUAUAAUAUUGACAAAGAACCUUUAUACUAGACAUAAUGUACAAAAAUUUGAUUGCUCUGUUGCAAACAGACAACCUAUAUGAGAUAUAGCUGAGUAUGAAAAACAGAGAUCUGAUUAUAUUGUAUAAAGUGUGAACACAUAGGAAGAACAAACUUAUGCCCUGUCCACACUACCUUGGUUGCAUGUGGCAAAUGUGUGUGAUUGGCCCAUGGGCAUGAUGGUCUAUUGUCAUUUUGUAAAACCUGUGUGGACAGAAAUUAAGUGACUAUGUUAAAGUGUACAAUAAAAGGGUACAUUUUUGCAUGUUUUAUAUAUAGACUAAGAUUCCAAUUCACUUGUCUUUUCAAAAUUCUGUAUCAUCAUUGAAUUAAAAUCAAUAUUGUUCAUAACACAUCCAUAGAUAAUUACUUAAUUACCUACAAAAAAUAGGUGUGGAUGCUAAAUGGAAUAAUAAUACAGUUGCAGCUUCACUAUGUAAAUAGCAUAUAUUCUAUUGCAAGAAUAAUUCUCUUAUUAUUUAUAGUAAAUUAUGUUGCUGUUAUGUUCUUUGAAAAUUUAUUUAUCAAAUAUUGCAGGUCUGAAACAGAUACAAUAAAUAAACACUAUAAACUUAA